AUGGCACUUGUGAGAUCAGCUCAACAAACCUCCUCUUCUAAUACUUCUCCAUAUUGUCGUUAUCACGUGUUCCUGAGUUUCAGAGGUGAAGACACUCGCAAGAAUUUUACUGACCACCUCUACACAGCCUUGGUCAACGCCGGAUUUCGCACUUUCAGAGACGAUGAUGAGCUUGAGAGAGGAGAAGAUAUUAAGCGGGAACUGCAGAAAGCAAUCAAACACGCACGAACUUCUGUUAUUGUGUUUUCGAAAGAAUACGCAUCGUCCAGAUGGUGCCUUGACGAGCUCGUCAUGAUCCUUGAACGCAAGAGGAUCUCAGCUGACCAUGUCGUUUUACCUGUCUUCUACGACGUGGAUCCAUCCGAUGUGCGGAAGCAGACAGGAAGUCUUGGAAAGGCAUUUGCUAGACACCAAAAAACACAACCGUCGAACAAAGUGAAGGAAUGGAGGGAGGCACUUGCAGAAGUUGCAGAUCUGGCAGGGAUGGUCUUACAAAAUCAAGCUGAUGGACAUGAGUCAAGGUUUAUCAACAAGAUUGUUCAAGUGAUAGGAGAAAAACUAAGGCGUAGACCCCUAAGUGUUCCCCACAUCAUGAUCGGAAUGCAUUCUCGAGUCAACGAACUUAAUUUAUGGUUACAAGAUGGAUCAUAUGAUGUCGGCAUACUUGUAAUUUAUGGCAUGAGUGGAAUAGGGAAGACAACCAUUGCAAAGUCUGUUUAUAACACAAACUUUAGUACAUUUGAUGAAAGCAGCUUCCUUGAAAACAUUAGAGAAAUUUCACAACUGCCCAAUGGCCUAGUUCAAAUACAAAUACAACUUCUUUCGGAUAUCUUGUAUGGGAGAAAAGUAAAAAUACACAGUGUUAGCAAGGGAAUGACUGAGAUAGAAGAUGCGAUAAGCUCUAAAAAGGUUUUUCUUGUUCUCGAUGAUGUGGAUCAUAUUAGCCAAUUAGAUGUGGUGCUUGGGAUGAAAGAUCAGUUUUAUCCAGGAAGUAAAAUCAUCAUAACAACUAGGCGUGCAGGAUUGUUAAAGGCUCAUCAAGUUUCUAAGGUGUAUGCAGUUGAAACUUUGACUCGAGAAGAAUCAUUGGAGCUCUUCAGUUGGCACGCUUUUGGCCAAGACCAUCCUGUUGAAGAUUACAUAGAAUUUUCAGAGAAGCUAGCCGAUCAUUGCGGAGGACUUCCAUUAGCUCUUCAAGUUUUAGGUUCUUCGUUGUUGGGGGAAAGUAUAGGUGUAUGGAAAAGUGCAUUGGAGAAAUUAAAAGUCAUUCCAAAUGGUGAAAUAAUAAAUAAGCUAAGAGUAAGUUACGAUUCUUUGCAAGAUGACCAUGACCAAAAAUUAUUCCUCCACAUUGCUUGUUUCUUUAUCGGAAAGGACAAAGAUUACAUUGCUAAAAUACUGGAUGGAUGUGAUUUCUAUACAAUUGUUGGCAUUCAAAAUCUCAUCGAUAGAUGUUUGGUGACAAUAGUUGAUGGAUGGGACUUGGUGCAGAUGCACGACCUGAUUCGUGGAAUGGGAAGAGAAAUUGUUCGCUUAGAAUCAAAUGAGCCUUGGAAGCGUAGUAGAGUAUGGCAUCAUAAGGACUCUUUCAAAAUCUUGACGGAAAAGAAUGGUACGGAAACAAUUGAAGGUCUUGUCCUCGACAUGCACAUGUGCCCUACUAUAAACUCAAAUGAGAAAGUCUUGGAAACCAAUGCAUUUUCAAGGAUGCGGGAACUAAAACUACUCCAUCUUAGUCAUGUACAACUUAAUGGAUCUUAUGCAGAAUUUUGUACAGGACUAAGAUGGUUGUGUUGGACUAAGUUUCCUUUGGAUUCAAUACCCGUUGAUUUUCCUUUGGAAAGCGUUAUUAUUCUUGAAAUGCAAUACAGUGGUCUGAGACAAGUAUUCAAGGGAACAAAAUAUCUUCCGUCCUUGAAGAUCCUUGAUCUCAGCCAUUCUCAUUCCCUUACAGAAAUCAUUGACUUCUCAUAUUCCCCAAAUCUAGAGAAAUUGGUUCUAGUAGACUGCACAAGCCUGAUUUAUGUCGAUGGAUCCAUUGGAAACCUAGAGAGACUUAUUUACUUGAAUAUGAAAGAUUGCAAAAAGAUUAGGAUGCUUCCCAAGAACAUUUGUAUGCUAAAAUCACUUGAAACAUUUAUUAUAUCUGGUUGCUCAAAUCUUAAUGAGUUAUCAAUUGAGACGCUGAGGAACAUGGACUCGUUAAAAGUGCUUGAGAUGGAUAGAAUUCCGAUAAGUGAAUUAUGGCUAGAAAGAAGAUCGAGUAUCUUGGGUUCUUUACCAUGCUCUUUAGUAGAAUUAAGUCUUUGGGGGUGCAAUCUUUCGGAUGAUGCCUUUCCUAUAGAUUUUAGUAAUUUGUCCUCAUUGCAAAGACUAAAUCUAGGGAAUAAUCCAAUUAGUAGCCUACCAAAUUGUAUCAAAGGAUUAGCGAGGCUCAAUGAACUCUCUUUUUCCAGUUGUAAAAGUCUCAAAUCGCUUCUGGAGUUACCAAAACUAAGGAGCUUGGAUAUCACAGAAUGCAUUUCAUUGGAGAAAAUGACACAUCAAUCCUUUCAGUUUAAGUCAAUCUCACUUGGUAGCAACUACAACCUAGUUGAGUGGCAGUACAAGUACAAGUUACAACCCAUUGGUAGAGUUGAUGUGGAAAUGAUCAACCUCUUGGGAUUGUGCAACUUGGAAUCAAUGGCACCCAUUCGGAUGAACAAACCAUCUUAUAUUUCAAAGAAGUAUGAUUGGAGUCCCGUCCAGGGACUGUAUCAAAAUGGUAUAUUCAGCACAUUUUUUGGUGGGAAUGAGGUUCCAGGCCAAUUCAGCCAUAAAAGUAGAGGGUCCUCAAUAUCGUUUACUGUGCCUUUGCUUGAUAAUCACAGAAUUAAAGGCUUGAUCGUCUGUGCUGUCUAUGCGAGUUCUGGCUCUGAUUUUCAUUAUGAUCAUAUAACUGGUUUUCAUCGUUAUCGUGUGCAUAUGAAUAUGAUUACUAGAGUCAGUAAUAAGAGCAAGGGUCUGAAGUGGUACUAUAUGCCAUCAUUCUACGGCAUUCUAGGUGAAGGAGAAGACAUGAUAUGGUUAAGCCUCUGGAAGUUUAAGGAUGAGCACUUAGAAGGUGGCGAUCAAGUGGUUGUUUCAGUACGUAUGAAAUAUUUUCAGGUAAAGGAGUUGGGGAUCCAGUUUGUGCAGGUGGAACAAGAGAGUCAUAAUAUGAUGAGAACCACCAUGAUUCAUAAUUCCACCAGUUCUCCUGUUGAUCCAUGGGAGAAUCAAACCUAUGAAUUCUUGUUCAAUGAUGAAGAUACAAGAGACAAUGAAGAGGAGCAAAAGGAUGAUCGCUCAAUUGCAGCCCCCACAGGCAGUAAUAACUGCAGCAGCUGCCUCCAUGGCUUGAAGGUGCUCAUCACCGCAGCUUGCAAGCUCAUGCUUUCUCUCUCACGCAGACAGAAGUAA